CGGCCCUGGUUUCACAACCGCGGGCACCGGCCGCGCUGCGGGCGGCCCUGCCGAUGUUUUCCUGCCCGGGGCCGCUGCUCCCCGCCGCGCUGCUCCUCCUCGCCGCCGCCGCCGCCGCCCCCGGGAGACCCUGCGGCCCUGUCGGGCUCUCACGGGACGUGGUGCUGAGACGCCCGGGAGCCAACAUCACACUGACCUGCCAGGACGAGGAGCCAACGAACGUCACCGUGUCCUGGCGCCUGGAGGAGCGGGGGGCGGCGGGGGGGAGCCGGUGGCUGCCAGAGGGGGGCAACACGCUGCUCCUGCAGGGGCUGCGCUACGAGGACUCGGGGCGCUACAGCUGCUCCGUGGGGGGCCGCCUGCUGCGCUCCCUGCGGCUGCUGGUGGAAGAGCCCCCCGAGACUCCGCGGGUCUCCUGCUACCGGCGGAGCCACGACAAAGACAUCCUGUGCGAGUGGCCGCUGCGGGCGAAGCCGUCCCCGGGAACACGGGCGAUGCUCUGGGUGAGGCGGAGGUUCGCGGCUGAGGCCGCCACGGAGCAGCGGUGCCGCUACUUCGCCAGGGCGCGGAAGUUCGUUUGCCGGGUGCAGCUGCCGCCCGGCACCGACGACACCAAACCCCUCGUGGUGUCCACGUGCGUCAGCAAUGGUGCCGGUGGCUUGGCUGGCGAGGACAGAAUCAUCACCCCCAGCGGCGUCCUGAAGCCCGACCCCCCCCUCAACGUGACGGUGCAGCCCCUGGAGAAGGCACCGCAGCGGCUGCGGGUCAACUGGUCCUACCCCUCCUCCUGGGAUCCCCGCUUCUACUGGCUCCGCUUCCAGGUCCGCUACCGCCCCGAGCCUGCCCGGACCUUCACAGAGGUGGACCAGGUGACAACGACGUGGCUGGACAUCCAUGAUGCCUGGCGGGGGACACGGCACGUGGUGCAGGUGCGGGCGCAGGAGGAGUUUGGCCACGGCUCGUGGAGCGAGUGGAGCCAGGAGGCAGUGGGCACCCCCUGGACAGGUAGGAAGGGGACACGUGGCCCCAGGACCGGGAGCUCAGGCCGGAGUUCCCCAGCCUCACCACCCACCCAUCACCUCACAGACCCCAGGGACUUCACCUCCGAAAUGGGACCCUUCAGCUCUCAGUUCCCCAUGGAGGAUGACACCUAUGGGGUCACACUGCCCCCUGAGCUCUUCAGGGAAUAUUCUGCCGAUGACAUUGAUGGGACUGUUGUAGAAGCCAAUGCCAGCCCCGUGGCCUCCCCCUACACCUUCCUGGUGGCCGGGGGGAGCCUGCUCCUGGGCAUUGCCCUCUGUGUUGCCCUUGUGGUGAGGUACAGGCAGAUGUGGAGGACAGGUGGGCGUCGGGGGGCCAAGCCAGAGGGCGAGGGGCAGCACGUGCUGGUGCCCCUGGGCCCCUCCAGCCCCCCACUCAGUGACACCCCCUUGCUCUCGCCCCCUGGCCCCCCAACCCUCAGGGCUCUCCACGUCACCAACUUGGACUAUUUCUUCUCAGGGCAGUAGCUGGGGGCUGGACACAGUGGCAGGUGCCUGCAGGUCAGGCACUAGGGGGGUCCUGGGGCUGGGAUGUGGCCCUGGGAGGCCCCCCCCCCAGAAAAAAAAGCCGCCCCUAGGCCCUGUGGCCGGGAACAGCCUCUGAGAAGGGGGAUGAACACUGCCUCUAUGGAGAACCAGCCCGGGGGGGGCCCCCAAGAUGGGUCCCAGGGGGCACAGCUCUGGGGUCAUGGCCAAGCUGGGGUGGCCAGGGGCUGCACUGGAGCGUGGGAGCAGGGCUGGGCUCUGCCCAUGGGACUGGGUUUGGGGGUCCCGUGGGGAAGGGCCUGUGCAGGGGGGCUGGCUGGAUCAGCCCCAUCAUGCCUGUGCCCUGAUCUGCCCCCCCUGGGACUUAUUCUUAGAGCACAUGUUGGGGAACUGUGGUAAAUGUGUUUCUAAAAUAAAUACCUUGGAUUUGUA